AUGUCUCGUUGGGACCGAUACGAACGCGGCGUUGUUAUUGCGAAAUUGUUCUGUGUGAGAUGUUCUCUCUUGCUCUCAGAUCACCGACUUUAUUGUUUGACUGCUCUGAGUGUUUUAUUUCAUUCGAAUGCACAGAUUAACCAAUCUUCAGAUGCUGUGUCACGCACUGAUCUAAUCCCUAAAGUGUUCGUUCCUUUUCUUACUGAUCCAGUACUCAAGUGUUGUGCUUCGCAAAGCGUUGUUUCUUGA